GUGUUUCAGUUCAUGGCCAGUGCUCCUCUUCCUGUAGCCGGCACCACUGAAAAGAGUCUGGCACAUCCUUUUGGCAGCGGUCUUUGAGAUAUUUAUAGGCAUUGAGGGGAUAUCAUUAGUCUUCUCCAGACUAACAGGCGCUCAGCACCUGCAUACCUGUUAAAAUGUACCGCGUGUAAUUUGCUUUCCCCACGAACCAACGCAGAGCCGGGAUCCAGCCGGGAGCGAGGCGUGUCUGUUCCGGUGCUAACGUGACGACUUCCAGGAAAGUCCAUUUUUCCUUCCCCCUUCCCGCUCGCCCCAGCGGAGCGUCCCGCGGCAGGAGCCGCUGAGGGCUCGGCUCCCCUGCCCGCGCUCCUCCGGCCCGGCCCGCACAGCUCCCGCUGCCGCCUCUCGCCGCCCGGCCCCGCGGGAUGGCGGCGGGCGAGGAGCAGAGCCGCGAGUACCUGCAGCGGCACCGGCUGCCCGAGCUGCUGCACCGCCUCGGAGCGCUGCUGCUCUUCCACCGCCCCGAAAGGCCCCGCGAGUUCCUGAUCCAGGUGCUGGAGAGGGUAAAGGCUGGGAGACGAGCCGAGGGCGAGUACCCGUUCCUCUUGGACGAGGCCAACGUGGACGCCAUGUUCAGCCUGCUGGAUGUCCUGGGCCAGGGCUUCAUCAGGCCAGCGCAGUACAGGGAAGCUCUUAAAACUUUGGGACUGAGCACUGAGGAUUUGGAGCUAGAAGAUGAUGAUGCUAUCACACUGGAUGUAUUCAAGGAAGGAAUGAAGAAAAAGAUGCUGGAGAGCUGGUCUGUGUAUUAGUUUGGGCAGUGGUCUGCUAUAUAUAUUAAAAACAGGCAUCUUCCCCAAUUUUUCUUCUGGCUUGUCAGCUGUGAAGAGUCAAUUUUAAGCAACACUUUUUCUCAUCUUCCCUGCCCUUCAGAGGAGCAAUCAGCUGAAAAGGACAAACGACAAGAACGUGCUCAUGUCUAGCAGGCACUGGAGGGAGCAUCGUUAGGAAUUGCUGUUCUUAAUACAAUUAGAUGGUUAAAAAAAGAAGUAGAGAUCUCUUAUGCAGCUGAAAUAGUAUUCUGGAGGUUCUUCCUUCAGGUUAUAGUUUACAGUAAAGGAUUGUUACCUGUUGGCUCAUUAUCAGUGAAUAAAAUUAAGUUGGUUUUUGGGCUUC